AUGACUGCAAAGAUCUGUCGACAUAUUUGCGUAUUGAUACUUCUCUUCAGUGAAGUUUCAUCUCAGAGCUGCGACAAUCUUCGAAUACUGCUAAGCUCCACCAACAAGAACAACCUGGGACUUUUGAACAGCAAAAUGAGAACCAACCUUCCUCCACAGUGCCUAAGUGACUUCAUCGCCAUCCAAGGAAUUCUCAAGGAGAUCCAAAUAUCUUUAAGAAAGAAUUCAGUGGUGGCCAUGCAUGAAAUCUUCCAACAGAUCAUGUACAUUUUCAACCAAAACCUGAGAGAAACAGCUUGGGAUGAGAAUUCCAUGGCAGAAUUCCAGACUGGACUUCACCAGCUAAUUCAGCGCCUGGGAACAUGCUUGAGUGCAGAGAUGGAGAAUGAUUUCCCAUCUCCAAGAGCUCAGAAUAUCCAGCUCACCAGGCUGAGAGUGAAAAGAUAUUUCCAAAGGAUUGAUAACUUUCUGAAAGAGAAGCAGCACAGCCUGUGUGCCUGGGAAGUUGUCCAAAUGCAUGUCAACCAAUGUCUCCUGCUAGUGGACCAACUCAUAAACAGGAUCCCAAACUAA